AGCGAAGAACAGAGUGAGGAAAACACUGUCUGAAGUAGCCGUAUUUGGCUAAAAAGUGAAUAUCUUUUUCGAAUGAAAUUGUGUGUUUCCCGUGUGUUAACCCCAGACCUUUAGCCUAAGUAUUUUCAAAAAGUGGUGGCAGUGACUAGCUUUUGUAAAUAAUUUAUAUCAAUUGUUCGACGUUUAAGUUAAAAACCGAAAAUGGGCGGACAAAAAUUUCAGUAUGAUGAGAGUGGUUCGACUUUCGUCUAUUUCCUUCUCUCUUUUUUGGCGCUCAUAUUGAUUCCCUGCACAUAUUAUUGCUUAAUCAAGCCUAAGGAAGAAAAAAAACUCAACUUAGAACAGCUAAGUACAUUUCAGCCUUGCAAGAACAAAUGGGCAAGGCUAGAACGGAAGGAUCCUGGAGACAUAAUUAAACAACUUCUGAUAAAAUUAGCAAUCAUCCUAGGAUGGGUGCUCUUCUGUUAUGUUGCUUAUAAAACAACUCAAUAUGACUAUGAGUUUGCCAAAUUUGAUCCUUAUGAAAUCCUGCAAGUGGAAGUUGGCGCUUCCGCGGCAGUUGUCAAGAGUGCUUACCGCAAGCUUUCUGUCAUUUACCAUCCUGACAAGAAGACUGGUGAUGAAAAAACCUUUAUGAAAAUUACAAGAGCUUACCAGGCUUUGACGGAUGAAACAGCACGAAGAAACUGGGAAAUGUACGGCAAUCCAGAUGGACCUGAAGCCAUCAGUUUUGGCAUCGCUCUACCGUCAUGGAUUGUAGAGAAAGAAAACUCGAUUUGGGUUUUAGGGCUGUACGCUUUGCUGUUCAUGGUUGCUUUACCCGUGAGCGUUGGGACGUGGUGGUAUCGUUCGAUUCGAUAUUCGGGAGAACAAGUGCUGCUUGAUACGACACAGAUGUACUACUACUUUUUCCACAAGACUCCGCACAUGGCAAUCAAGCGAGUGUUGAUGAUCCUCGGUGCAUCAGCCGAGUUCCACAGACGCAACAAUCCAGAAAUACAAGAACGUCGCAGUGACAAUACCGAAGUGCCCCAACUGAUGAAGCGACUACCUCAGCUCAAUGAAAAGAAUAAAGAACGGCCGCUGUGUUUCCUGUAUUCCAUCAAAGCUCGCGCUCUUUUACACGCUCACUUAACCCGACUAGAUCUGCCGCAGUCGACGUUGGAAGAGGAUCGCUGUGCUGUGAUCAAGAAGUGCCCCGCGUUAAUUCAAGAAAUGGUUGUGUGCGUAUCUCAACUCAUCAUGUUGGCCCAUGCAGGGCGGCUGAGCCGCAUGCCGUCUCUGGUCACAUUGGAAGGUUGUAUGAAACUUUCGGCCAUGGUCGUUCAAGGACUUUGGGAGUGCAAGAGUCCACUCAUGCAAUUGCCUCACAUCACCGACGAAAAUCUCAAGUACUUUUCCAGCAAGCGAUAUCAGAUCCGUUCGCUGGAACAGCUAGCCCGACUGAAGGACGAAGAUAGACGCGAGUGCUUACGUCAUCUUGACGACAAUCAAUACAAUGAUUUGGUUCUCGCUCUGGGAGGAAUGCCUUAUGUGGAUAUGAAUAUAAAAUAUGAAGUAGUGGAUGACGAAUCCACCACAAAGUACACAGCUGGCGCUAUCGUCACGGUAACAAUCGCCUUGGCAAGAAGAGAUUUGAACGUUCUGUUCGCAAACGAGAAGGAAAUAACAAAUGAAGUUUUCGAGAACGGUGAAGUGAUAGCGGAAGAAGAAGAAAAACAGGAACCCAAAAAGAAGUCACUACCGUGGCAGAAAAACAAAGGCAAGAGAGCUACUAAUAAAAAAGGCAGCAAAAAGCCAAUGAAGAAGGAAGUAGAAGAUAAGAAGAAGACUGCAGCAGCAUCAAGUAAAACAGCUAUCAAGGCUAAAGAAGAAGAAUCCGAAAGUUGUAGUGAAGUUGAAGCCGAGGACGAAGUUGAAUUGGACGAAUCUGACGACGGCGAGGCGGAAGCAGCCAACAAUGAUGGCUCUUUGCCCGAGAAAGACGACGAUCAAUUAGAAAAGCUACAGAGUGAUGUUGCAAUGCGUCGCCAGAGGCUGCUGGAGGGUAAAAGUCAGUUUUCGCACUCGGUGUACUGCCCGUUCUAUCCCGAAGACAAACAAGAAUAUUGGUGGGCUUAUAUUACGGACCGGAAACAACAAAUGCUUCUGACCGCCCCCUACCACAUUACCAAUUUAGUAGAGCACGAAGAAAUUCAACUUAAAUUCACAGCUCCGUUCAAGCCGGGAUUCUACACUUUCGCCGUGUGUUUACGCUCCGAUUCAUAUUUUGGUUUUGAUCAAAUGAAGGAUAUCAAGAUGGACGUUAAAGAAGCAGAGGAGAUUCCUACUGAGCAUCCACAAUGGGAUAUUUCCGAUGAUGAGGAUGAAGAAGAUAAGAACUCUGGAGGCUCCGAAUCUGAAUUUGCUACCGAUGAUGAUGACGAAGAGAGUGGCAAGGACUGAUUGCAGUAGAAAUGAGACUUUUUUUUCACUUGCCAGAGACUUCAACAUUCUGUUCAUUGGGAAAAAGGAUUCAAUUUCAUCACCGUCUUGUAAAGGCUUAAAAUCUUGAAAAAUUUAUUUCUAGUGGGAA